CGCGACCGUUAGUUCGUUUAGCUUCCUCUCGCACGUUCUCGUGCAACCUUUAAAAAUCCCAGUCUGGUUUAUUUCCUGUUUCACUACCCGUGCAGCAGGUGACAAUGUUUCUCGUGAGGAGGGCUGCGCGGACCGCGGUGCGGACAAACCCCUGCAGGUCGUUUUCUGCCUCGCAGACUCACCUGAGCCACAGAAAAGGUCUUGUGCUGGGAGUGUUUGAGAAGAAGGAGGGGGAGGAGGAGGGCAGUCUUCACCUGACAGAAGCUGCUUCAGGUUUUGAUAAGUCUCUCUCUGGAAAACUGUCUGAACUGCUGAAACUAUCAGGACCUGCAGUCAAGAAGGGCAAAAGCAGAGUAUUUUAUGGGCUUCACAAGGAUUUCCCCUGUGUAGCAGUAGUCGGGUUGGGUAAGAACAAUGCAGGUGUUUGUGGAACAGAAAACUGGGAUACCAGCAAGGAGAACAUCAGACAGGCAGUGGCAGCUGGCUGCCAGUCACUUCAGGACCUGGAGGUGAGCCACGUGGAGGUGGACGGCUGUGGCAAUGCUCAGUCUGCAGCAGAAGGCGCCAUUCUGGGAUUGUUUCAGUAUGACCAACUCAAAUCCAAGAAGAAGACCAAAGUCACAAUGCAGCUUCAUGGCAGUGCUGAUGUGGCCGGCUGGGAGAAAGGUGUCGUGUAUGCAGAAGGCCAAAACUUGGCUCGGCUUCUCAUGGAAGCGCCAGCCAAUCACAUCACUCCUACUGUUUUUGCCAAAACCAUUGAAGAGAAACUGGCUCCACAUGCUGAUCGAGUCACCAUACACAGGAGACCCCAGGCUUGGAUAGAGGAACAACAGAUGGGAGCCUUCCUUAGUGUGUCUAAAGGUUCAGAGGAGCCCCCUGUCUUCCUGGAGCUACAUUACAACGGUUCUCCUGACAGUAAGCAGCCUCCGCUGCUCCUAGUGGGCAAGGGCAUCACGUUUGACAGUGGUGGUAUUUCUCUGAAGCCCUCUGCCUCUAUGGAUGCGAUGAGGGCCGACAUGGGCGGAGCUGCCACCGUGUGCGCCUCCAUCGUCACAGCAGCAUCUCUAAAACUCCCUGUCAACAUUAUCGGUCUGGCCCCCUUGUGUGAAAACAUGCCCAGCGGAAAGGCUACUAAACCAGGUGAUGUUAUCAGAGCCAAGAAUGGGAAAACAAUUCAGGUUGAUAACACAGAUGCAGAGGGCAGACUGAUCCUCGCUGAUGCGCUCUGCUAUGGACACACCUUCAGUCCCAGAGCCAUUGUCAAUGUUGCUACUUUAACAGGUGCAAUGGAUGUUGCUCUCGGCUCAGCAGCAGCAGGAGUCUUUACAAAUUCUGACUGGCUCUGGGAGCAGCUGCACAGGGCUAGUGUUGUGACAGGUGACAGGGUGUGGCGGAUGCCUCUGUUCCAGCACUACACUAAACAGGUGACUGACAGCCAGCUGGCUGACCUCAACAACAUUGGCAAGUACAGCCGUUCUGGCGGCGCGUGCACUGCAGCUGCAUUCCUGAGGGAGUUCGUCACAGCUCCUCACUGGGCUCAUCUGGAUAUUGCCGGUGUCAUGAGUAACAAAGAUGAAAUCCCCUACCUGAGGAAAGGCAUGUCCGGAAGACCAACACGUACACUGGUGGAGUUUGCUGCCGGCCUGGGUCACAGUGGCUGAAAGGAGAUGGACAGAGAGUAAUUAGACUCUUUCACAAUCUUCUAGCCAGACUCAACAGUGAUCUUUCUUUAGUAACAGAGACAGAGGGCUAAACACAACGGUCAAAGCCCAGUUCGGCCACUGGGCGAACGGAUGUAGUAAUAUAAAAUGGAAAUAUUUUUGUAAAGCAACUUCACUGUUUACAUACAGCACAAGCACCAAUCUUAGACCAGUCCCUGGUUUUAUUUUACCCUUAGUACAGAAGCUGAAAAAGCUUGGUGUAUGAAUAAAUACAUUCUAAUUGGCAAAUGAAAA